UGUGAUGUUAUUUGUUUACCUUUCUGCAACCUUUGUGCGCGAAUUUUGCUUCUCUUUUGCAUGUGCGAGAUAAGAAAUCUCCUUCGAUUUUCCAUUUUCCGGUCGUAAUUGUGAUUUAUUUUUCUGGUUGUCCAGCCAGUGCAAGUGGGUGUUCCAUACCGCGUAAGAAUUAAAUCGAUUCUGUUGAGUUUUGACCGAAAAAAAUCGUAAUAGCGCUUUCUGCGCAUUGCAUUGGAAGUCGGAUUACGCCACUCGAACUUUUUGAUGUGCUUUGGAUUCGACCUUGACUUGGGAAGAGUUGUUUUUGAGGAAAGAUUACGACGAUGCUUGGUGACGAAGUUUUGGCUCAGCUAACGGAGAUGUUUGGCGAUUACAUCGACCAGACGCGCAUUCAAACGACGAUGAAGCGAUGCCAUAACGAUUUGGAAAGUUGUAUAGAGCUGCUUCUGAAGGACGAAACCGCUGACGAGGAUGAAAAGAUGCCUUCAGCACAGACGCUCAAUUCUUGGGAUAUGGUUCUUGCGGUCAAUGAGAAGAAAGAACCAACGAUGCCUAACCCAGAUCCAGCGGCAUCGACAGGUGCCAUCAGGAAGACAUACACGGUCACUCAACAGGCCUCCGAGAGUGAAUCGAUUUCCUUUGCAUCCUUCCUACAGAAAGGAACUGCCCCACAGGGCUGGUCCACUGUUCCUCAGCCCCAGCGGAAUGUCACACCGGCGCGGCGUGCCGACAAAUGGCCACCAAACUUCGAUUCCGUCGUAGAUCUCAUCAACAAGGGCUAUCGAGUGAUGGUUCUCAUGCGAGGAGCGCCCGGCUCUGGCAAAUCCUUUCUCGCACGUGCCCUAAUCGAUAAGACGUUGGCCAAUGGGGAUUAUCGGAAUCACAUCUUCAGCGCGGAUGAUUACUUCGUCGUGGAUGGAGUCUACAAGUAUCAGGCGGAUCGGAUUGACGAGGCCCAUCGGUUCAACCAGAACAAUGUCCUGGCCAAGGCACGGGACGGCUGGAGCCCGAUUGUGGUCGACAACACUCACAUGAAGCUGUGGGAGAUGUUUGCGUACGUGCAGAUUGCGGCGGACAAUGGUUACUACCUGGAGGUGCUGGAACCGGCCACCCAUUGGCGAUACAACGCCAGGAGUUUAGCAGCCCGAAAUACUCACGGAGUGCCGGAGCAGAAGAUUAAAAUAAUGCUUGCCAACUACGAGAAACUGAAGGAUACCACUGAGCUGUACAAAGCGUGCAAGUUGAAGCAUGCGCUGUACCUUCCGGCGAGGAUGCGGCACUUCCCGAUUGUGAAGGAGGAUCUGCUGGAGAAAAAGACUGAGGAUAGCGGGAAUAGUCGACAGGACACCACAAAUGAAGAACCAACCACUAUAGAUUCCAUCGUGAAAGAAUGGACAUUGGCCGAUUGGGAGGCAUCUAACGAUGCGCAAACCAACACUGCCUCACGCGACAGCGAAGACAACGCGAUCGAUCUGACGGAUAUUCCAAUACCCAAGCCACCGAGACAGGUGACGCCAAAGCAUGCUCCACUAGCUUCAGCCCUUGACACCAACAGCAGUUCGAUGGCCGAUGGAACCGUGGAGCAGAGUGACCCCAGCGAAUGGAACUGGCCUGUAACAAACGAAGUUAGCUGGAAACCUUACGACGAGGAAAGUGUCGAUUUCUGGACCCAAUCCGAUCCCACCGGUGCACAGCAGCCACCGAAAUCUCCGGAGACACCUCGUCCCAAGCGGACAGAACCACCGCCGUCGCAAGAUCCUACCUCGUUCCUAUUGUCGAGCAUACAAAUUCCGGCCAAUUGGAAGACACCGGAAAGCUCGACCGGUGUAACGCCGAUAGCGUCCGUCCAAAAGAAGAAAUCCGAGAAGAAGCGCGUUGCCCUGGUCAAGCAUCGGAGGGGCUGCAAAAACGAGAACACCAGCUUUUCGGAAAUCUGCAACCUCUACCCUCAGAUUCCGGUCCAGUAUCUGUGGGACUUGUUCGAGAAUUGCAACGGAGACGGUGACUGGACGGCAAAUCUUCUGUUAGAAGAGCAAAAGAACUACGAAUUCAAAGGGACAGCCGACUCGGAAGCCGGUGCUGUCGGUGGUCAGCUGGCUUUCGAAUGCGAUUGCAAUGAAACAAUGAUAUCGCAAGUGCCUUCCGGUGAUCCCUUGGGUAGCGGCGGGGGAGGAUACGAAACGGAUCGCUCCACCGUCAGCUCAGAGUCACCUCGAAACACGUCCAAACGUAAGGAAAAGCCACUCUCGGAAGACUUACAGAACGCCAAAAAGCAACUGGAAGCAUUCGUAGUGCUGGGAAAGGAGCAUUAUUCGAAGCACAUUCAGCAGAUCAGAGCAGCUAAGGGUAUUAUCAGCAAAGAGGAAGCGGAUCGAAAGUCCGAAGAGUCGGAAACGUCCUCGCUGGAUGAUCCGAUCAAAUCGGACCCGGAAGUGUUCGAAGUUACCUUGGGGAUUGAUCUCAUCAAGCAGCUGCAUGCCAUUUUUAAAGACAAGCAUAGUUCCAACUCGAUCGCUUUGGAUGAACUUACCGAAGACCGAACGAAGGUCUUUAUGGCCACCGAAAUGGCCGAACAACUGUAUCUCUCGUUUUUGGAUUCCGUCUACAGUUGCCGAGAGGAGAACAAGAUUUACACACUUAAACGCGAUGCUCAUUUAGCGCAGCAGAUGGAGGCCAAGGAAAAGUAUCCGGUCCUGUUCAAAAAACCCAGCGACACUCCCAACCUUAACGAUAUCAUGGAAAUGGAGUACGCCCUUACGGCGUAUCGUAACGAAAUCAACGGCUGGGCCAAACAAGCUCCUCAAGAUCUAGCCUCACAGAUGACGCGCCAAAAGUUGGUCGAAAUGUAUCCGGGUGUCGAAGAGAAUGUCCUAGCGGAAAUCCUCCACGCCCACGACAACAAAUUCAAUGACACGGUCAAAGUCCUCAACAAUUCAAUUCCGGAGGAUCUCCGGAACCAAAUCGCGCAGGAAAGGGAAGCUCUCCUCAAGCGAGCCGAAGCCGAGAAACAGAAACCAAUCGCGGCACCAUUCCCGCCAGCACCAGCCCCAGAACAGGAGCCACCACACAGUGAAGACGCAAUCAACCUCCACUUGAAAACGGCCGAAGAAUGUCGCAACCUCUCCCAGCACCAUCAGGAGCUCAAGAACGAAUGCCACGAGAAAGCCCGCAACGCCAUCCAACGGGGAAUGGCCGGCGUGGCCGAGUACUACGCCCAGGUCGCUCGACUCCACCGGACCAAAAUCGACAUGUACAACAGUAAGGCAUCGAACGCCAUCAUGGAAGUCCACAAGCUGACGCUGAACAAUGCGGACGUUCUGGACUUGCACUAUCUGCACUCGGAAGAAGCGCUGCGGUGUAUGGAGAUAUUCUUGGCGGAGCAGGCCCGCAAAUUGUCCACCCGGAGGCAGCAGUACAAGGAACUCUUCAUCAUUACGGGGCGAGGGUUGCACUCGGCCGAUGGCAUACCCAUCAUCAAGCACCGGGUCAAGGCCAUGCUGCGCGAUCUGGGCUUAAGGUGCACCGAACUGAAUCCUGGGUUCCUGAAACUCAAGCUGUUCAACAAUCCCGACAUGCUGGACCGGUUGAUGGCUUCCUAGUCGUGGGGCGUCGUGUGAUGGUGCUGUCGUAAGUAUGGUCUUGCUAUCACGAGCCUUUUAGCUUCUUACUUCUACGUAGAUCAAAGAUUUAUCGACCAAAAUGAUUGCUAUUUUAAUAUAUUACUAUAACUUUUCCUUUUUCAAAUACUUGAUUCGGUGCACUUCAAACGAUUUGAUGCGUUUCAGUAUCAAAUUCGUGCACCAUGGUUUUGGGAAUCUUAUCUUUAAAAACUUUCUUUAGACAAGCAUUUAAUUUCUACUGAAAUCGAAGCAUAAAAGUCAUUCAGCGUAAGGGAUUUGUUGCAUAGUUGUUAGCUAGCUUAGGAUAUGAAAAAAAAAAUGACUGCUCGGUUCCGAGAUCGCCAUCCUGAGAAAGAUUUAAUGUCGCGUCAGAAAAAAACAAUGGAUGUAAAAAACAAUAUUUUCCGUUACACAAAAUAGAUGCAAUGUGUUAAAAUAUU